AUGUCAGCUCCAUACAAGAAGAAGAACACACAAAACGUGCCUUGCAUUUACUUCAAGAGGGGUGCGUGUACGAAUCAGCGCUGUCCAUACUUGCACGUGCGUGGGAAGGAGUUGGGCGAGAAUGCAGAUGCGGCACCGACCGGUAACGGCUCCACAGACGCUGCGACGAAUUUGCUGUCAACGAUGCUGAAGUUGGUCUUUGAGAAGCAACAACACCGUGUGUAUGACGCGUCGUCAGGGAUGUUGGACCUGAGCGAGCUGAGAAAAUUUCCCGACCUGAAGGAUGUUUCAAACUCCAUCAACUUUAAUACACAGAACUUCUGUCGCGCACUCUGCUCGUCAAUAAAAUCACUCAUUGUCCCACCGCCAUCUGCCAUGCAGUUAAAGGGAAAUGACAUCACUUCUUUUUUUCAUUUUGCCUCACAGAUGGAAAAUGCAGGUCUGCACUUGUCGUUGCGGGCACUUUCACUAGAAGCAAAUGAUAUCAAGACAAUGGAGGCACUUCAAGGACUUAAAAAGUUCAGCAAUUUGCAAGAGUUGGUGCUUGUGGGUAAUGCCGUGGCCAGGCGUGACGACUACCGCGCGGAGGUGAAGAAAGCCAUGCCGUUUCUCCUCGGACUGGAUGGGGAAGCCAUCAUGGCGCCGCCACUGUCACUGCCAUGGCCACGGUUUACAAAUUCAGAUUACACAGACGCACAGCAGCAUGUGCUUCAGUUUGUGCAGUGCUCAUUGUUGAAUCCACUGCAGGCAGGGG